AUCCUUUUCAUUUUGUUUCAAAAUGGAGUUUUCCAUAAGUUGCUUUAAGAUGCUUGCUAAAGAUGUCAAUUAUUAUUGCUGCUAACUGCUUUCAUUGUCCAAGACUAAUUGAUCGUUCAUCCAAUUGCCAGCAACCUGCAAUUAAUGUUCUGAAGGAAAUUCAGGCAUUUCUUGAAGCAAACCCAUUAGAAAUAGUCACCAUUAUCAUUGAGGACUACGUUACAUCACCCAGCGGCCUGACUAAAGUGUUUGAUGCUGCUGGUUUGAGGAAAUUCUGGUUUCCCGUUUCUCAAAUGCCAAAAAAUGGUGGAGAUUGGCCAAUAGUUGAUGACAUGGUCCAAAGGAAUCAACGUUUGCUGGUUUUCACUUCAAAGUCACACAAGGAGGCUUCCGAAGGAAUAGCAUAUCAAUGGAGAUACAUGGUAGAAAACAAAUAUGGAAAAGGUGGAAUGAAAGCUGGUUCAUGCCGAAAUCGUGCAGAAUCUCCUGCUAUGAACACAACAUCAGUGUCACUGGUUUUAGUAAACUACUUUCCUGAUAUACCAGACUUAUUUCAAGCCUGCAAGCACAAUUCUGCUCCAUUGAUUAGCAUGGUCAACACAUGUUACGAAGCAGCUGGUAAACGAUGGCCUAAUUUCAUUGCUGUCAACUUCUACAUGAGGAGUGACGGUGGGGGUGCGCCAGAGGCUAUAGAUGUGACGAACGGUCAACUAGUUUGUGGAUGCAAAAACAUUGCCCUCUGCAAGGCAAAUAUGACUUUUGGAGCAUGUGACUUACCUGGGGCAAGCAUUGCCCCAGAACCUGGAUCAGCAGUACAUGAUUCCAAUAGUGCCUAUUUGAGUGGCAGACCAUCUCAACCGUUUUGGUUCCUUUGCCCAGUUAUAGUGAUAAUCCUCUCGCAACUGUAAAGCUGACGAUUGACACUGAAGAGGAGCAAAAGGGUACAUUUUAGUUCUAACCUUGUAUUGCACAAGUGGAUGAUUAUUCUUUAAUACCUAUACUAAUUACACUGCUUUGAGAAGAUUAGAAGGAUUUGUUGAUCAGGCUUCAUUCAUUUGGAAAUUAGAUAUUCAGAUUGGUCCAAAACUUUGGUUCAUUUGCUAGUGAUUUUCUGCAUUUUAGUAAUAGAGCUUGAAAAAUCAUCUUUGUUUAUUAGGGGUAGUCUUGAAUCUCUUAAUACAAAUCGUGUAAUUGU